UCUCUCUCUCUCUCACUCACAUACACACAUCAAGACUCCAUUUUUAUAACAGCAUUUGAAUUUCAAAGCAGAAUCUUUGUUUUCUGCACAAAUCAGACACUUAAAACUUUCAUUCAAGCAAGAAAUUCGAAUAGGGAUGGAAUCUGGCAAUGGGGUUCAUAUGGAAGACGAAAACGGUGCUAUGAAUGUGCAAGAACAGGGAGAGAAUGUGGAAACCAUUCUGGUAGAUCACGAGAAUUCGAAUAAAGUUGAAGAAGGCCUUGAAUCAUCAAGAUUGGGAGUAAGUGAAUCUUCUGAGAUUGCUAGUGGCACUAAAAUGCCAAAUUCUGUUGAGGUUACUACUAAUGGGGGUACUUCAAAGAACAGUAAAGUGGCCAAAAAUGGGACUAAAGGCAGUCUAUUGGCUCGUAAGCCGAAACCCCAUCUUACUCAAAGUUUAUCUAUCCCUGCUAAACCUCGAAACGUUGAUUCCAUGAGAACUAGCAUGGAUGGGCACCCUGGGAAGCCACGAGCUGCAUUGUCAAAUGGAAAUGGCACGAAUCCUGCCAAUAGAAGAGCUUCCACUGGAGUGAAAACAAAGGAAAUGAGUGCAAGUGAUGGUGGUGCAUCUACCCGACGAGCUACUUUGGAUUCGUCUCCAAGUGUGCAAAUGUCACGGAGUAAGAAGUCUAAUGGAAUUGAAGAUCCCCCUCCUGCAGAUCCCUUAAGUGUUGCCCCAAAUGGGCAGCAUAAGAACAGUGUAUUGGGCUUUUCUUUUAGGUUGGAUGAACGUGCUGAAAAGCGAAAAGAGUUCUUCUCAAAGAUAGAGGAGAAGAUUCAUGCAAAAGAAGCAGAAAGAACCAAUUUGCAAGAAAAAUCAAAGGAAAGCCAAGAAGCGGAGAUAAAGCAAUUGAGGAAGAGCUUGAUGUUUAAAGCUGCACCAAUGCCAAAGUUUUACAAAGAGCCACCCCCUAAAGUUGACUUGAAGAAGAUACCAACAACCCGCCCGAAAUCUCCCAAGCUGGGCAGGAGCAAGACCAAUAUGGCUGCAGCCAGCAAUGGAACCUCUGUUAGCCCACCUAAUGUCAGUGCAACAAACAGCAACCAAGAAACUGCUGCUUCCAAGAAACCGAUCAGAAAAUCUCAGUCCAAAACCUCAUCCUCAAAAACUGAAGCCAAACCUGGAAAGUCAAAGGAAAAGCCCGUGAAAGAAGUCCAAGAAGAGGAGAAAGCAUGCCAUGAAAGCCCAUCUGCAAACCCUGCCGAAGUUGAAGGUUGUGUAGAAAUCAAUGCUGAAAAGAACGCAGUGCCUGUAUUGAGCCCACCAACUCAGGAUACAAUGCCUGCCGACAUCGUUGUUGGAGGUUAAACCAUGUGGUAAGCUGUAUAAUAUCUGUAUCUAAUAGGUUUGUUUUUUCUGUUUUUCAAGUUGUUGAGGUUUCUGUGUUGUGAAUAGAGACUGUAUGUUACUGUGACAUGUUCAAUUAUCUACUGGUUUAUAUGAUGGUUGUAUGAAUCUUUCUUUCUUUAAAUCCAAAGUUGUAAAAUUUGC